CCUUCUUUCCCUCCCAAUAAAUUAUCAUCCCAACAAAUCAUGCAAAGGUGAAAGAUAAACAAAUUUCUAUUUCUGACCUUUCGUUUAAGCGAAAUGAGCACCAGUCCAGGGAUAUAUUUUGAUAUUGGCAAGAAGGCUAAAGAUGUUCUGCACAAGGACUAUUCAAAUCUAUCACCAAUUCACUUUCAUUACCAAUUCAUGGACUACAACGUAGACCUCUCUUGUCAAUUAAAUGAACUUCUACCUGGAUUCAGGAGCCUUUUCAAAUGCACCAUACCUGAUUCAGGGAAGGUAGAAGUACAACACUUGACUAACUACACUGGAAUCACUGGAUGCAUUGGACUGGAAGGAAACUUAGAAAAAGGAUAUGAUCCUGUUCUGAACUUGUCGGGUCUUGUGGGAACAAACAUCUUGUCACUUGGAGCCAAUGUUGCUUUAGACAUACCAUCAAGAACAUUCAGUAAUCUGAAUGCUGGAUUAAACCUCAACACUCCCUUCCUUGUUGCUUCCUUGACCAUGCAUAACAGUUUCGACAUUCUGAAAGCUUCCUGUUAUCAUGAAGUGAACCCCCUAAGCAAAACUGCCAUUGCAGCAGAGCUGAAGCAUAGCUUGUCAAUGGGGGAGACUAGUGCCACCAUUGGUGCUCAGCAUGCAGUUCUUCCCGAAACGUUAGUAAAGGCUCGAUUUGACACCUAUGGCAAGGCAGGUGCUGUUGUUCAACAAGGGUUCUGGGAGAGAUUUUAUGUGGCUAUGGCUGGAGAAGUGGAUUUUAAGACCACAGAUAAUAAUCUGCAUCCCAAGGUUGGAGUCUCUGUGGCUUUGAAACCCUAGUCAGUGCCACUGAGAUAAACUUCAUCUCCAAUUCAGAGGUUGUUGGUUGUAAAGAGACUUCUAAAUGAUGGCACAAAACGGAUGAAACUCGUCGAUCUUCGCCAUCCAUUUUCUUCAAUAUUCAACAACAGUAUGAGUACCAAUGUGCCAUGUCUAGUUCUACUACUCAUACACAAUUUUUAUAAAUAAAAGUAUUAUAAUACUAGUGAUAGAUAUUUUUUAUCUUCUUUACCUGUUCCAGUUUAACUUAAUUCGUGCUUAUUCUUGCAGUUGAGUCUGUGAAACAAAUAGCUCCAGAAUUACUUCUUUUCUUGGAUGAGAUGGUAGCUUCCGUGUUACUACUGUUCUUUAUUUAGUUGUGAAUGACUAUUAUUGUAAAAUGGAAGUAGUUUCAUAUUUUCUUCAGAGAAAAAAGUUAGCCCUGCAUUACAAGCAAACCUUCAGAUUCCGAGGGAAACUUUUAUAACAUUACUUCAUCGGUAGCU